GGACGGGCGCGGAUGAGGAUUGAGAGAGUGUCCGCGCAGUGUUGAGGAAAAGGAAAUGAGACCACUCCAUUAUAGCAAAAAAAUCUUUGACAGCUGACAGCUAUUUCCCAGAUAGGCAAUUGCAAUUCCUCAACAGACCAAAGAGAUGAAGACCACCAGUCCAGAAGGACCACAACAUCAGCAAAAUGUUGGUCACGACACUGCUGGUGCGACCGCGGCCGCGGGUCAUAGAGCAACAAGACGUGGCAGUUUUUCCUAUGGGCCUGGUGCGGUUCAUCGAUCAAACCGCUCUACCUCGCUCUCAGAUGACCGAGUCGAUGAACUAGUGGGCGAAUUCUUUAGAAAGCAUCCUAGUUUUGGUCCUAUGUGGUAUCCUUUUUAUACAAAGAGGAGCAAGUGUUUUGGGCAACAAGGCAAAUCCUUUCUGCCGUCGAGAAUGCCAGCGCAUAUGUUCCAGUACAGUGCCGACCCGACAGCACUACAAAGGCAAGCAGAAGUGCAUUCGACUGUGGCGACCUUGUUGGCAGGCUUUGCAUUCGCCGCGACAGCGAAUGAAGGAGGAAUCAUUACUAGUGCAGGGGCAGGAACAACAACGUCGGCGUCAAGUGCUGGAAACAACUACCUGUGGGUCGACAAAGCUCUGUUCUGCCUCCUGUGUAGUGCAACGAUUCUUUUCCUAGCACAGGUGCUGCACUUUAUGUACGUCGAUAUGGGAUUAGGAAUGCGUGCAGGGCGCAAGUACUACAUGGCAUUUUCAGCUAGGGUUGGCAAUUCGUGUGUCACGUUUCAUCUAGGAACUUUUCUCCUGGCUGCCUGCAUGCCUCUGUGGACGUACAGGAAGUUUGGCAAUCCGAGCAAAGUAGGAAAUGGUGGAGGAGGUGGAAGUGGAGCUAGCAGUAGCACAUACGACCACCCGUUCCAAGAACCAGCUUUCACGGCGACUUUUGUCUUGGCGGCGUUUUUUAAGAAUGGCACAUACAUAGUCUUGCAUCCUCCAUCAGCGACUUCGCCUGUUCUUUUCUAAGUACAAUCAAUGAUGGCAUGCAAGGCUGUAGCUUUUAAACUCUGGGUAUAUUACGACCUUUUUGUCCUCCUGCCAGUGCACGAUAAGCUGAACAUGCUACUGACACACGCCGACAUGGGUAUUGACGUUGAGAGUUCAGCAAAAUUACCUAGUUUUUGGGGACUGCACUCAUGGAUGCCCGAUGCGUGGGACAGCUUGUAUCAGCAGGAAUUGAUGGCGAUGAAAGAAGCAAGGAGCGAAGCGAUGGAGUCGAAAGAGGCAGCUGCGGCAGCACAGCGCAUAGAAUUAAGGCUGUACCUAAUACAUCUUUGGACGUAUCCUUGGAACUACGUAUGGAGGAGUAUCCUAAGGGAAUACUCCCCCAUACUUUUCAAGGAUGCGCUUGAAAGAUGAAUUACGGACAGCGCUAAUAGAAGAGGAAGGUUUUCAUCUGUACGCGGGUUAG